GCAGAUGCAGCAGUAUCAGCCUGUGUCAGGGCUUUUCACUAGUGCUGCACUUUGAUGUCGCCCAGGCGCAUAAAAGCUGCUGCUGCUAGCACCGACCUCAGUCUCAUUUAUUACUGAUAUUAUUAUCAUUAAUGCUCAAGAGGCAACAUGACGUCUACUAAGCGGUGGCUGCUGGUCGGUUUUGCGCUACUGUGCAUUUAUGGAGCAGCUGAAUCUAAAAGGAAUUUCAAAUGUCCUUCAGGAUGCUCCUGCUCCAAGGAGACAAUCAUCUGCGUCGGCACCUCACAGAUCCCACGGACUAUACCGGCUGAGUUUAACUCGCUGAGCAUAGUGAAUGGAUCCAUUGCUGAAAUCACAGAGGGAAUGUUUGCACUUAUGCCUUCUCUUCAGUUGUUGCUUCUAAAUGCAAAUUCUUUGACCACAAUCAAAGAUGAUGCUUUCUCUGGCCUUCCACAUCUAGAAUAUUUAUUCAUUGAAGGAAACAAAAUUGAAACCAUCACCAAAAAUGCCUUACGUGGUCUGCGAGAUUUGACUCAUCUUUCACUUGCCAAUAACAAGAUGAGAUUUCUGCCAAGAGAUCUCUUUUUUGACUUGGAUUCAUUGCUGGAACUGGAUCUGCGAGGCAACGUUUUCCAGUGCAGUUGCGAGAACAAGUGGCUGAUGACAUGGCUGAAAAACACAAACGCCACAGUGUCAGAUGUCUUCUGUGCAGGCCCCAGUGACAUGAAGGGCAAGCGGCUCAAUGACCUUCCUAUUCCACCGGGCGAGUGCAUCUCUACAGACUUUGUGCGUCAUCAGUCUAUUCCCAUUCAGUCCAUGUCAGCGGACAUCUUCUCCUUUAAAGAGGACAUCUAUGUGGCCAUGGCAGCACCCAACUCCAACAGCUGUGUGGUCAUGGAGUGGGAUCACAUUGAAAUGAAUUUCAGAAAAUUUGAUAAUAUAACAGGGAAGUCUGUUGUUGGGUGCAGGUCAGUUCUGGUUGAAAACCAUGUCUUGAUAAUUGUUACCCAGCUAUUUGGUGGUUCCCACAUUUACAAGUUUGACGAUCAACAAAACAAGUUCACAAAAUUUCAAACUAUUGAGGUCUUCAACAUCUCAAAGCCAAAUGACAUUGAGGUGUUCCAAAUGGACGGUGGGUGGUACUUUAUGAUUGUGGACAGCUCCAAAGCAGGCCUGUCUACUCUGUACAAGUGGAACGACCAACCUGACCACAACGAAACUGGUUUCUUUUCAUAUCAGUUUCUCCACGAAUGGUUCCGCGAUACAGAUGCUGAGUUUGUCGAGGAAGAUGGGAAGUCCUACAUUAUUUUAGCCAGUCGCUCUCAGUCACCUGUCAUCUACCUCUGGAACAAGAGCACCCAGAAGUUCAUACUUCAUGGGGAAAUCCCAAAUGCUGAUGACGUGGUGGCAGUGAAAGCUUUCCGGUUAGAAGAUGAGCUGUAUCUAGCUUUGACCUGCUACAUUGGUGACUCCAAAGUCCUCAGGUGGACCAAUAAGCAGUUCACUGAGGUGCAACCUCUGCCCUCUCGAGGAGCAAUGAUCCUCCAGCCUUUCACCUUUACAGACAGACACUACCUUGCCCUCGGCAGCGAUUACUCUUUCACACAAAUCUACCUCUGGGAUGUGGAGACCAAAACCUUUCACAAGUUCAAGGACAUUUAUGUGCAGUCGCCACGGUCAUUUACUGCGAUGACCACUGACAGGAGGAAUUUCAUCUUCUCAUCCAGCUUUAAGGGCAAAUCAAUGGUUUUUGAGCAUAUUAUUGUAGAUUUAAGCUUGUAAUUCUAAGCAAAAUAACCACUAAUAACAUUAUGUGUUGGUCUCCCAAUACUGAUAUUGUGUGUACGCUACAAAGGAGUCUCAAAUGCUGUAUGGCUUCCUUAUGCAACUAGAUUCAUCUUUCCUGGUUUGAGACAUUUUUGUCUGGCAAGUUUCUGCAACUCAUAUGCAUAUUUAGCAGCUGUUGAGGUACGAUUAAUGAUUGACCAGAAGGCUGAUAGAAAUGUAAAGCAAUGUCAACUUUUGAAGUGUAAACAGCAUGAACAGAAUGGCAUGCUAGAUAUUAUCUAAAAUGGUGUCUUUUACCAUAAUUCUAUCAAGUAAACAAUGGCUGAGCCAAAGGGUGGCAAUGGUCCCAUAAACUACAGCAUGGCAUUAGAUUUUUGCCCAUGGUAGUGAGUUAGAAGAUUAUUCUGGAAGAGUUGAUGUGAACUGUGAUCUCUGCUCUGAAAGUUGGAAAUAAAUAUUCAAGUAGUUUGUUUAUAACAGUUUCACAUUAAAAUUGUUGGCUCAACAUUAGAAAAACAGGCAGCCUAGCCAUUGUUAGCCAGGCUAUUGGCGGUCAGUAGUUAACAUAAACCCACUGACCACUGACACAGGUAGACUUCUAUUUAUUAGAGGGUAUGUUCACUUUUUUAAAAGAAGGGCUGUCAACAGUCAGGAUGAACAGGGGGAAUGAUUACACCAAGCAAAAACUGUUUCAAAGUGCAUAUUGUUUUAAGACAGACUUUUAAAAAAUCCUUUAAGGUUUACAUACAAUUUAAAGCCCAUUACAUAUGAUUUUAAUGGUGUUCUUGUAAACCUGAUGAUCAUUCAGCAGAAACCUGAAAUAGUGAUUCUGUCACUCUACUGGGAACAAAACUGAACCAGACACUGAUCUCUGUGACUGAAGUUACCCUAAAGCAUAACUCUACUUGAUGUUGUUUUCUUGGCAAUUUUGUCUGUCUGAGCAGCCAAUUAUAGUAGGAAGUCCGAUGCCAUCUCAUCCCAGUAACUGUCAUGACUGCUGAUUUCUAAUGUGCACGACGCUGAGGUUUUCUUAAUCACCAAAAACAAAGCAGAAUGUAUUCGCUAGAUAUCACAAGCUUAAGACUAACUGCACAACAUUUAUAGCAAGCUACUGUAUGAAGAGAGUGCCUGAUUAAUAGCAAAACAAAAUAUCAUAUAAUUUAUUCCUAAUACCUAUGCAAAAUGUAUAAUACUAAGUGUUGCUCUGAAUUGCAAUUACAAGGUAAAUUGUGUCCUGCUGUUUGACUUGAAAUGCUUUCUGGGAGACACAAAUGUUUGACCUUCUCUUUAAUGAUCUUUUGAUAUUUUUCAUGUAUUGUACAGAUUUAAUUACAGUCCAUUUGAUUUAGAGCAGAAAUCUUUUUCACAUGCAUAAUAAUGGUGUGUAAAUUAGGCCACAGUCUUUAAAUACAUUAAGGCCUGUGUUAAUCUUUGAAAUUAAUUAAAUGAAAACCACAAAAUGCUAAGAAGAUCUAUUAGCAAUAUGUUUUGUUAGCAUUUUGAGAUUUCUUGAAAAAGCUAAAUUAAAUACAAUUUAAUUUAAUUUAAUUUUUUCCACUUUACUGAUUAAAAACUGAUCUUUUACACACCUUCACAUCUACAAUCUGAAGUCUUAUGUAAGAAUGAGAAUGAAAAUGCAUUAAAGAACAUUUAACCAUAUGAAUG